GGUAAGUCACACAGACACCAACACGCAUGCUGGCUUAGAUGGCAGCCCUCAAAUCACAUGGAUCGGAGAGAGAAUUCAGCUUUGUGGAUCAAGAUGAAAUCUGGAAAGUCCAUGUAAAGAUAGAGCUUGAGUCUGCCAAAGUCUGGCCCAAUAAAUGGGGAUUCUUAACCAAGUCCUAUAAGGAAACACAGGAAGCAAGCCAAAAGCUAAAGGAAGCAGUAAAAUUAGAACUGCCGCCUCAUCUUAAAACUCAACCUCCUACCCCACCUGGAAAAUUCAUCCAGGUGGGGCCUUCUCCCCCAGUUCCACAGACCAGCCAGGCUCUGAUUGGCUGGCGUUCUGCUGUGCCCGGGUUGCAGCUGGAUUGCUACGGAAGGGUCCAGUGUGGGAAGAAGAGCUUUCUGAAGGAAAUGGGCUGGGCUUUUGAUGCCUGCAGCUAAGAAAUCCUUUGCCACAUGACACCUUCCUCCCACUUUAUGGCAAUGUUAACACAGUGAAUAUUUCAAAUUAUUCAUCAUGUGACUUUCCUUUAUUCCUUUAUGUAUUCCUUUAUUACUUGAAUUUGUAGUUCUGUUGAAUAUCACCUAAUUAUUAAUAGGAUAUUCUCUUUGCACCUUAGAUCAUUAAGUCAAUAGUGCUGAAUACUCACAUAUGUAAAAUCUGUUUCCAAAACCUUGGAAAUCUGUUUCCAAAACCUUCAAACAAGGUUCUGUUCUUUCUUUGGGUGGCAUGCAACAGAUGAUCUAUGGUCAUUAUGCAUUAUAUUCUUCAACAAUCAAUAGCAAUGCCUUGUACCAUCCUGAUCUCGCAAGCCCACAUUCUGUUUGGCUUCAGGGAUGUAAGCUUGAGAGAUCAGGUUUGUAAAAUCAUAUGAUAAUACAUCAUACUCAAGUGAAAAGUUGGAUGUUGCAACCAGAGAAUGUCCCGUUAACAUUUUAAUUUAGGAUUUUGAUACAAAGUUUAUUUUGUGUUCAAGACUUGCAGAGCACAUUCAUUCUUGCAUGCCUUACCCAUCACUACAGUACAUAUGACACUGUCACACUGAGCACCACUACAGCUGCACUGAUAAUUACACAUACAUUUAGGUUCCAAAGUAUUUUUGUUAUUAUAAGUUUUGUUAUUUUGUUUACCAAAA